AUGUCAAACUCCUCAGUUUGUUGUGCUUUCGAUACCCCUGUUUUAGAUCAAAUCCUAGCCCCAAUACUUUUCAUUGAGUUCAUUCUUGGCACCACAGGGAACUUUCUGUUCCUCUGCAUGUUUGCCCUUGAUGCAGGGAACUGGAAGCCAAACUCGAUCUACCUGGCACACCUGUCUGUGGCCGACACAGUUCUGCUCUUCUUCAUGCCAUUCAGAGCUGAAUACUACAUCAGGGGCAAGGACUGGAUCUUCGGAGAUGCCUUCUGUCGCAUGUUGCUCUUCUUUGUGGCAGCCAACCGGGCCGCUAGCAUCUUCUUUCUCACUGCUGUGGCUGUGGACCGCUACAUGAAGAUUGUGCACCCACUACAUCGCAUAAAUCGGAUGAACCUGAAGUAUGCCAUGGGGGUCUCUACAUGCAUAUGGGCUAUGGUUUUCCUUAUGACAGGUCAGUUGCUGGGCUCAGAGCACUUUUUCAGCCUUGCCAACCACACCCAGUGUGAGAGCUUUAACAUAUGCUUGGACAACAAUCCACUGGUAAUCUGGCACAGUACCUUCUAUGUGCUCCAGUUCUUGGUGCCAAGCAGCAUCAUCAUCUUCUGCACGGUCUGCAUUACAUGGCAGCUGAAAACAAAAACAAUGGACACCACAGGCAAGGUCAAGCGGGCUGUCCACUUCAUUUUAAUCGUUGCUCUGGUCUUUUUUGUCUGCUUCUUGCCAAGCACUACCUCACGGGUGGCUAUUUAUGUCCUGAAGAUCUGGUACAAUCAGUGUUCAUACUUCAGUGAGGCAAAUACGGUUUUUUAUUUUUCACUUUGCUUCACCUAUUUCAAUAGUGUGCUCAACCCUCUGCUUUAUUACUUUUCCACUCCUGCAGCCGGUGGGCUCAUACUGAACUUUUUCAGGAGACUUAUAGGACAAAAAGAAGAGAAGGUGCCAGCGAAUGGGACUGUGGCUACAGUAACAAGAGAUUAA